GAGACUUCAUCGAACCAAACAUGUGAGUGCGCGCAUGGAAGUGAACGAGAACGACUCGUUCAUCUAAAAGAUUUGUUCAAAAACACCGAAUCGUUAACAGCGCAAGUCCACUUCGAGACCUUUAUCUACAUGUUUUACGUAAAGUCUUGGAUAUCGUUUUUGAGAGAAAAACUUAAACUGGCAUUCAUUCCGCAAACCCUCAACGGUGGAAACUUUUCAGUCAAGGAAACGUUAUUAUCGGGGUUCUAGCAUUGGACCCAUUGCGCUCUUUCCGUAGUUACGUUGAUGUUGUCGGAACCGCCGUUUUAAUGUUUUAAAGUGUCCGUUAUUAGACACUGGCAGCAUCACCGCGUGCGAACCUGCCAACGCCUUUUCUCUCUGUGUUAUUCUUUAAGCGAGAAAAAUACAACGUUCAGUUUCAAAGGUUUUCAUCACUCGAUUCAUAAACAUUUGGAAAAAUGGGUUGCACGUUAAGCACUGAAGAUAAAGCCGCGAUGGAGAAGAGUAAGAUGAUUGACCGGACCCUGCGAGAGGACGGAGAGAAAGCAUCCAGAGAGGUCAAACUCCUGCUGCUCGGUGCUGGGGAAUCAGGGAAGAGUACUAUCGUUAAGCAGAUGAAGAUCAUUCAUGAAGAUGGUUACUCAGAAGACGAGUGCAAGCAGUAUAAAGUGGUGGUUUACAGCAACACUAUCCAGUCCAUCAUUGCCAUCAUCAGGGCCAUGGGACGAUUAAAAAUCGACUUUGGGGAUCCGGCAAGAGCGGAUGAUGCCCGUCAGCUGUUUGUGCUCGCUGGCACUGCUGAGGAAGGGGUGAUGACGGCUGAUCUCUCCGGGGUCAUCCGCCGGCUGUGGAAGGAUGAAGGAGUACAGAUGUGUUUCGUCAGGUCACGAGAGUAUCAACUCAACGAUUCUGCAGCCUACUAUUUGAAUGAUCUGGAAAGGAUAUCACAGCCCACCUACACACCCACUCAACAAGAUGUGCUGAGGACUCGGGUCAAGACCACUGGCAUUGUAGAAACACACUUCACCUUCAAAGAGCUCUAUUUCAAGAUGUUUGAUGUGGGUGGCCAGCGUUCUGAGCGGAAGAAGUGGAUUCAUUGUUUUGAAGGAGUCACUGCCAUCAUCUUCUGUGUGGCGCUCAGCGACUAUGACCUGGUGCUUGCUGAGGAUGAAGAGAUGAACCGCAUGCAUGAGAGCAUGAAGCUUUUUGACAGCAUCUGCAACAACAAGUGGUUCACAGACACGUCCGUCAUCCUCUUCCUCAAUAAGAAGGAUCUGUUCGAGGACAAGAUCAAGAAAAGUCCACUUACAAUAUGCUACCCUGAAUACUGCGGGACAUGCACGUACGAGGAAGCAGCGGCGUACAUUCAGUGCCAGUUUGAGGAUCUGAACAAAAGAAAGGAGACAAAGGAGAUCUACACACACUUCACCUGUGCCACAGACACCAAGAAUGUACAGUUUGUGUUUGAUGCAGUCACUGAUGUCAUCAUCAAGAAUAACCUCAUUGAGUGUGGGCUCUAUUGAAGCGUCAUCAAGCGUCUGCAUAGUUAUUUCUGGAAGAUUUCAGAGUUUCACCUGCUGGUUGUUCCUGGUUUGUCCAGUUUCACCAGUGGGGAAUGAGCUGGAGAAACUGCCAACCUGCUGCACAGCACACACUCUUUACAUUAAAUGUGGUACCUGCAGCCAUGGACAGGAAUUCAGCAACUCUUUAAUUUCCCUUUAUCCUUUCUUAAUGACACUGUGUCUUUGCAACUUCUCUUUAGUCUUCAUUUAUUUGCCAAUUAAACACCUUAAAUUUU